AUGGCUGAAGUAAUCGCACAGCGGCCAAACGGUCCUAAUGCCGCCCAGCCUGUAUCUCUGCAGCGUCAGCCGUCCUUCUCCUCGUUCCCUCCCUCGCGCUCGCCCUCUACCCGCAAUGGCCACAACCACAAAGCUCGCUCCCCGCAGCCCCCCAUGGUCCGCGAGGGCGACGAAGACUCGAUACAGUCCUCGCACGACUCGUCGCAUCAGUCCUCCAUGCAGGCCCUACCCAGAGGCGGUAUGAAGCUGCGCUCGCAAUAUCCCGCCGAUGCAAUUGAGAACCAUGUCGAGUACAUACUCGUCGCCGCCUUCGACAUCGACCGCGGCUCCAUCAUGGAACACCAGUACCCGGCGGCAAUCAGUGGAGACGAGACUAUGCUGGCUGAGCUCAUGUUGCCCGAUCAGGCCCAUGUCCGAAGCCAAGACUGGACCAUCUUCUUCCUACACAAGGAUACCACCGCCGAAGAGGAGGAGCGCGAGGCCAGGAGAGAGCGCCGAAGGAGAAGGCGGCGGCGGAAAGAGGGCCUGGACGACGAAGACGACGCGACUGCCGAUACCGAAGAGCAAGACGAUGACUACGACGAUGAGGACGACGACACCGAGAGCGAGGGAGAGCCGGACCCUGAUGGGCCACCGCUGGUCUACGUCUUGAACUUGGUCAACACCAAGCAAGAUAACACGGUGAAGAGAGGCGCCAUCGUAAAAGCCAUGGCGAUAUGCACGCGACACCCUUUCUUGCACAUAUACAAGCCCCUGUUGCUGCUGGCCCUCGAAGAGUACUUCAGGGCACCCGUCCUCGAAACUCUAGAAUCCCUGUACAACUCUCUCAACGCCAUGGACCUGUCGCUGCUGCCGCGACUAUCCCCUCUGGAGAACUUUGUGCUUGGCGCUAGUGACGCCAAAGACAUGUUCGUCGAGAAGUUUGAGCUCAUGGUCCGGCAGCGGAAGAAGCUCGACGCAGCAAGAGACUCUGUUGAAACCUCGUCCGAUCCUCAGUCGCGGAAGAAGACAUACACGGUUCCACGGGACACGCAUGAGUUUGAAUCCAAGAUCAAUUACAACGGCAUCCCCGUCCCCGUCAAGAUACCUACCGCCUUGAGUCCUGAGACAGUGGGCGACUUUUCCCUGAUCAAGCUUAUCCAAACUUUCUCCACCCCUCAUGCGACACAACCACAGCCCUUUGCUCUGCAUCCGCACCUGACCACGAGCGGUGCCUACACUCAUCCCAUCAUUGUCCUCGUCAAUGCACUCCUCACCCAGAAGCGCAUCAUCUUUAUCGGACAUAACCAACCUUCAGGAGAAGUCGCAGAGGCCGUAUUGGCAGCAUGUGCUUUAGCCUCUGGUGGCAUCCUCCGCGGCUUCGUUCGACAUGCCUUCCCAUACACCGAUCUCACCAAAGUGGACGACUUGCUCAAGGUCCCUGGCUUCAUCGCUGGUGUCACCAACCCUGCAUUCUCUUAUAAGCCCGAAUGGUGGGACCUAAUAUGUGACCUACCGACCGGUCGCAUGAAGAUCAGCAAUCGUAUCGAGGCGGCUUCACCAACGGAAGGCUCCAUGUUCUUCCAGCAGCAGGGCCUUCCUCUGAAUGGGCCAGGCGCGCCACCGGCCAACGGCAUCGACGCAACCGGUGACACCCAAUUCAUGGAAAAGCUUCUCGAGAGCAUCGCCAACCGCCACGGCGAGAAUGCUAUUCGAGCCAAAUGGCGCUCGUGGGUGUUGAAGUUCACCCGCAUUGCGGCGGCGUUUGAAGAAACUGUCUACGGCGCUUCUGCAUUGUAUAUUGGCUCUCACGAGACCGAUGUCGGCGGAUAUGGUGUCUCUGGACAUGGCUACGUAUGGCCAGACGAAGGUCACAAGCUUCGAGAACUCGCUGCAAACGUGCACCGUAUCGAGGGCUGGCGCAACACAAGAAGCUAUUACAGUUGCGUCCAGGAUCUGGCGAGGCAUUGGAAUAAGAGACCAGUGCGCGGUUUGGAUAUGGCCCAUCAGCACGACAAGUUGCGCUGCUUAAAACUUUCACAUGAUCAAUCGGCGGCCAUUUACCUUGCACUGGCGCGGUGUGUUGAAGAAGCGGGUGGGCACAGUGAGAGUAAGAAUGCCUCUUCGAGCGACCUAUCUUCCAUGGCCCAGUCACUCACGAUCGCAAAUGACCAUGAGCGUAAAAUGAGUUCCCAGCUUCAGUAUGAGACUAUUCUGCAGCUGCUUUGUGUCAUCCCAGAUGCUGGUCUCUUCUACCUUAGCUUGGGCCUGUUUCACCCUAGACAGGAUGUCAGAAUGGCCGUUGUUAGGUUACUAGAGAGGAUUAUGGAUCACUCUGCUGGCCGACACUACUGGGGUCAACUAGGGCGCUUCGCUAAAUUGGCCUUCUUUAGAGUAAAGAGGGAGGAAGCACAGAAGUAA